UGAAGGAGCUGCUCCAGCUCGCGGCUCCGGGAAUUUGGGGCUCGCCCUCUCCAACGGCCCCUCGGCUCGGGGAAGGGGCUAGGCGGCGACGGGCACGGACAGGGGCCACCGUGGAAAACCCGGCCCCAGCCAAGCCAGGGAGGACCCCUUCUACCAAGAGACUCCUGCCUGCACCCAGAAGCGCCCACGGCCCCCUGCCCUCCAUGAGGCCCUCCAGCCAGAGGGUAGGCAUGGCGAGUUGGGGAGGCGCCUGCCUUCUCAGCCCUUUGGCCGUGCUCUGCCUCUGCCCCUUGCUGGGCGUGGCACAGUACGAGAACUGGCAGUACCACUACCCGGAGUACUUCCAGCAGCCCGCUCCCGAGUACCACCGGCCUCAGGUGCCCUCUGAUGUCGCCAAGAUCCAGCUACGCCUGGCGGGACAGAAGCGGAAGCACAGCGAGGGGCGGGUAGAGGUGUAUUAUCAAGGCCAGUGGGGCACCGUCUGCGAUGAUGACUUCUCCAUCCACGCUGCCCACGUCGUCUGCCGGGAGCUGGGAUACGUGGAGGCCAAGUCCUGGACGGCCAGCUCCUCCUAUGGCAAGGGGGAAGGGCCCAUCUGGUUGGACAAUAUCCACUGCACUGGCAAAGAGGCGACCCUUGCAGCCUGCACCUCCAAUGGCUGGGGCGUCACCGACUGUCAGCACACAGAAGACGUGGGUGUGGUGUGCAGUGAGAAAAGGAUUCCUGGGUUCAAAUUCGACAAUUCAUUGAUCAACCACGUAGAGAACCUGAACAUCCAGGUGGAGGACAUCCGGAUCCGACCCAUCCUCUCUGCCUACCGCAGGCGCACCCCGGUGACCGAGGGCUACGUGGAGGUGAAGGAGGGCAAGGCCUGGAAACAGAUCUGCGACAAGCACUGGACGGCCAAGAAUUCCCGCGUGGUCUGCGGCAUGUUUGGCUUCCCUGGGGAGAAGACGUACAACACCAAAGUGUACAAAAUGUUUGCCGCCCGGAAGAAGCAGCGCUAUUGGCGGUUCUCCAUGGACUGCACGGGCACAGAGGCCCACAUUUCCAGCUGCAAGCUGGGCACGCAGGUGACGCGGGACCCCGUGAAGAAUGUCACCUGUGAGAAUGGGCUGCCGGCUGUGGUGAGUUGCGUGCCUGGCCAGGUCUUCAGCCCUGAUGGACCUUCGAGAUUCCGGAAAGCCUACAAGCCAGAGCCCCUGGUGCGGUUGAGAGGUGGUGCCAACAUCGGGGAGGGCCGAGUGGAGGUGCUCAAGAAUGGUGAAUGGGGUACUAUCUGCGAUGACAAGUGGGACCUGGUGUCUGCCAGCGUGGUCUGCAGAGAGCUGGGCUUUGGGAGUGCCAAAGAGGCCAUCGUUGGCUCCCGGCUGGGGCAAGGGAUAGGACCCAUCCAUCUCAAUGAAAUUGAGUGCACUGGGAAUGAGAAGUCCAUCAUAGACUGCAAAUUCAAUGCCGAGUCCCAGGGCUGCAACCACGAGGAAGAUGCUGGUGUGAGAUGUAAUAUCCCUGCCAUGGGCUUCCAGAAGAAGCUGCGCCUGAAUGGGGGCCGAAACCCCUACGAGGGCCGGGUGGAGGUGCUGGCAGAGAGGAACGGGUCCCUCGUAUGGGGGACGGUGUGCGGCGAGAACUGGGGCAUUGUGGAGGCCAUGGUGGUCUGCCGGCAGCUGGGCCUGGGGUUCGCCAGCAAUGCCUUCCAGGAGACCUGGUAUUGGCACGAAAACAUCAAUGCCAACAAAGUGGUCAUGAGCGGAGUGAAGUGCUCGGGAACGGAGCUGUCCCUGACGCACUGUCGCCAUGAUGAGGACGUGGCCUGCCCCCAGGGCCAAAUGCAGUAUGGGGCUGGAGUCGCCUGCUCAGAAACCGCCCCUGACCUGGUCCUCAACGCGGACAUUGUCCAGCAGACCACCUACCUGGAGGACCGGCCCAUGUUCGUACUCCAGUGCGCCAUGGAGGAGAGCUGCCUCUCGGCCUCGGCCGCCCAGACCAACCCCACCACGGGCUACCGGCGGCUGCUGCGCUUCUCCUCCCAGAUCCACAACAAUGGCCAGUCUGACUUCAGGCCCAAGAACGGUCGCCAUGCGUGGAUCUGGCACGACUGCCACCGGCACUACCACAGCAUGGAAGUAUUCACCCAUUAUGAUCUCCUGAAUCUCAAUGGCACCAAAGUGGCAGAGGGCCACAAAGCCAGCUUCUGCUUGGAGGACACAGAAUGUGAAGGAGACAUCCAGAAGAAUUACGAGUGUGCCAACUUUGGUGAGCAGGGCAUCACCAUGGGUUGCUGGGACGUGUACCGCCAUGACAUCGACUGCCAGUGGGUGGACAUCACCGACGUGCCUCCUGGAGACUACCUGUUUCAGGUUGUCAUUAACCCUAACUACGAGGUGGCAGAGUCUGACUACACCAACAACAUCAUGAAGUGCAGGACCCGCUACGAUGGCCACCGCAUCUGGAUGUACAACUGCCACAUAGGUGGUUCCCUCAGUGAAGAGACGGAAAAAAAGUUCGAGCACUUCGGUGGACUCUUGACUAACCAGCUGUCCACGCGGUAAGGCAGCCCGCGGGCCACCUCCUGCCUCCGGACCACAGCUCAUCUUCCCCAGCCGCCGGCUGAUGGCUGGAUCGCCACACUCCCCCUCGCCCAGCCCAGCCCCUGCCCCGUCUGAACACUGCGGCCGCGUCCAAGCCCAGGAGGAAGGGGUGUUCCUGACAUUCGCUGGGCGCUGCUACAUAGAGCCUGGGAGGCCUCUGGGAACGAGCUUGUCUGCAAGGCCCUGGCAGCAGUGCCACCAGCCAUCUUGUCCAGGACCCCAGGUUGUCAUCAACUUGUCCCAUCCAAACCCCAGCCCCCGUCCCCGCCAAGUCUGACACCACCCUGCUCAGCUCACCACUGAUCAUACGGGGCUUACCAGCCCGAGGUAGUCAGGCUGAAUCCCAUUUCUCCUCCUCUUAGGUCCUUUCCAGCCAACUUGAUUGUCUAGAGCUCUCUUCCAAUUAAACGAACUGCCUCCCCCCCACCCCAUUCUAUUCACAUAUAGAAAUAAGCUGCCAUGUUUUCUGAGCGGUGAGCUCAAGAGUUGGUGCUUCUUCCCCCAGCCCUUGCGUCCUCUUAUUUUUCAAGAUGCCAUUAUUAUAUUAUAUUUUCAUGGACUUUGAAAUACAAAGUAGUGGUAUUUAAUACUGGCGAUCUAGGCCUUUGAAAAUAUAGCUCAAAAGGAAAGCCCGCCCACCUGUGUAAGUGACUCACGUUUCUGUCAUUCUGAUUCUGCGGGUAACUGUUAACGGUGCUAUAACCAGGGUCCUGGGUGACAAGGACACUACCGAACACCAUGUGUCAUCAUGGACACUUACACAUACUUGAAACUUGGAAUAAAAGAUCUAUGAUUCU